UGAGCUCACAGGAAAGGUGGAGAAACCAAAGCUUUCCAUAUAAAUAUGACCCCUCUCCUAGUGCACAGCACAUUCAGCUUCAAGUGGAUCUCAGAUCACUAGCCUCCUCAUCACGGCUCUCUCCACCAUGAAGGUCGUUGGGGGCCUCAUUCUGUUCUUCAUGGCAACCUGUGUCUGCCACAGCUUGGAAGUGACCAGUCACCCUUCACCAACGGUGGACUGUGACAUAUACAAGAAGUACCCAGUGGUAGCCAUCCCCUGCCCCAUUGAAAACAUACCAGUUUGUGGUUCAGACUAUAUCACCUACGGGAAUAAAUGCAAGCUGUGUACAGAGAUCUUGAGGAGUAAUGGAAAAAUUCAGUUUCUUCAUGAAGGGCACUGCUAACUUCCCCAUGGACAAAGAAAGAACGAUGAUGC